AAUAUUUCAUGGAAACUAUUGGACACAGCACAGUUUGAAUAGAAAACGGGAAUCAGUUUUACACACAACUAAAAAAAUUCUGUGUACAUGUACAUAGGUCAAGACCUAUUAAACUUAUAAGUUCACAUAUUCAGCUCUUGUAACAGCUCCUUGAUGAAAUGACAACUACGUUAGACCUGCCUUUACGCUGUGAGAUUUAAGUCAUUGACACAAUGUUAUGGACGGAAGUGACGUCACGGUGUGGUUUUGUGAAACUGUUGACUUCCAGCGUAGGAACGAGGACGAUGAGGACAUGGGUCCUACUGCUGUCAGGUGCUGUCCUGGUCCUGGUCUGCACACAGCUGUCCUGGUCCAACGUCUCUCGCAUGUCCAUCCAGAGUGCCACGGUCUACGACACGGCAGAACCCUCUUGCAUAGAUCGACUGGCACCAAAAUACAACAGAGUGGAAGACAUAUUUUGUUUAAAUUUGCCGAAGUUUCUUCCACAAUUCAAGAAUCCAUGUUUUUACGAGUACUUUCUCAUGGGUAAAAGGAAGUUACGCUGCCUACCAUACUUUUAUAUCAUCGGAAUGGACAAAAGUGGUUCUACGGACCUCCAUGGAAGGAUAGCCAAACAUCCGCUCAUAUACGGCAACGCCGGGGAAAUGGACAAAGAGACUCAGUUCUGGUCGUGGUCGAGAUAUGGUUUUAUGAAUAAACGCAGGGGAUUAAUGAAAACUACACUAGAUAAUUACAUGGAUCUAUUCUCGCAAACUGCGCAAGUAAUCGAUGCACAUAACGACACUGAAAUCAUUACAGGUGACGCCACUCCAAUGGACCUCUGGGACUUCCGGGGCUGGCCCAUGAUCCCCCAAAACAGCGAUCUCAACGAGCCAUGGGUCCUGACGCCCCACUUUUUAAAGUACAUUUACAAAGGGGCGCCCAAAUUAAUUAUACAGUUCAGGGAGCCUAUUGAUAGACUCUACUCCGACUACGUAUUCCUGGACUACGGCAAGGACCCUCUAGAGUUCCACAAACACAGUCUACAAGCCAUAGACAUGAUGAACGCCUGUCUCAAGAACCACUCAACCCGGUUCUGCUAUUUUGAUUACAACAUGUACCAAAAACUACCGGCCAGAAUCCACCUUGGGUGCUACUCAGUGUUUCUCAAAGAAUGGUUUCGGGUUUUCCCGAGAAGCGCAUUUCACGUGACGCGCACAACUGAAUACAAAAACGACAUGGAGGGGACUCUGAAGGGUGUGUUCGACUUUCUGGAGAUACCUCAACUUUCAAAAACAUUGAUGGCAGACGUCUUGAACCAGACAAAACGUCAUGUUACGGCCGAGAAGAAGGGCGUGGCACUUCCGGAAACAGUGAAAGUCUUGCGAGAGUUCUACGCUGAUUGUAACAAGGAAACGGCUGAACUGCUGGGAGAUGACCGUUUUCUGUGGAAGGACCACUACUCUUGAUGUUUUGUUGAGUGUUUUAAUGUCACGAUUCUCUCCCUUUAAUAAAAAUACAUGUACUGGCGUUAAAAUAAUUUUUCAGAGCAUAACAUUUGAUCGUUUCAAUGAAAUGAUAAGUAACUUUAUGUUUCAGUUAAGUGUAUAUAAUUAUAUGAAAAGUAUUCCGAAUUUUGUAUAAAAACUGAUUUUUUCGUAUUCUGAGAUAAUGCUGUGAAUAAUUUAUAAUUAAGGCAGAAAUAAAUGCAUUAUGUAUGAGCGUGAAAGUUAUAUAAUGUUAUAUACUAUUUGGUGGAUGUAUCACUCAAAGUUUAUAGUAUUGUGCCUUGGUACCCAUGCGGGCUAUAACAAAGACGGUUUUUUAAAAUAUAAUUUUCGAGAUUUAAUUGUAACAAUGACCUUAGGUCGAUGAGUUUUAUAUUAAAUGACUAUUGAGAACACGCAUGCAUACAGACACAC